GUAGCGAAUGUCCAUAUUUUACUCAUCACAUGGUGAGAGGAAAAAUUACUCGUGUGUUGUUUUUAUCAUUGAAGAAAGAUGAAAGUAACGAAAAAAGACAUGGUGUCCAAGGAGCCAGUUUUGCGGAAGAUUGCCAAAAACAAACGAAAGGUGUUAAAACCGAAAGCAGGUGUUAGUCUCGAGAAAGCGGUGAAAAAUGUCCAGCAGAUUCUUAAGAAGAAAAAUACAGAAAUUAAGAAAAAAUCGAAGAAAGACAUAGAAAUUAAGUCUAAGAAAAAGUCUAAUUUAACUAAAUAUACAUUAACAAAAUCUAAACCUACAUCUAUAUCAAAAACCUCACCUAAAUCUGUACCACAUAAAGAAAAAAGAUCUAAAGAUAAAGGCAUAGUUUAUGUGGGACAUAUACCUCAUGGAUUUUACGAAGAACAAAUGGAAGACUAUUUUAAACAGUUUGGGAAGAUAACACAAGUACGAGUAGCAAGAUCUAAAAGAACUGGAAAAAGUCGCGGCUAUGGCUAUGUUGAAUUCAUGUUUAAGGAUGUUGCCAAAAUUGCAGCGGAGACUAUGAAUAAUUAUCUCAUGUGUGGUCGAUUACUGAAAGCUACAUAUAUACCACCUGAGAAGCAACACUCUGGCUUCUUUUCAGGAGCAAACUGGUCGGAAAAGAAGUAUCCCAAACUAAGAAAUAGACAAAGAGCGAUAUCACAAAAAAAUAGUACCCAAAAUGCAGAAGAUCACCAAAAUUAUGUGAAGAGUUCGCUCAGUAAACUUUCCACAUUAGAAAAUAAACUGCAGAUGAAAGGGAUUAGUAUAAAAUUCGAACCUGUCGACAUGCCGCAAUUUUAGUAGUAGUUUUACUUUAUUAAGUACUUUUAUAAUCAAUUAUUUUUGCGUAAAUAAAGAAUUUGUCUACAUGGCAAA